CCGCUGCCGCCUCGGGGGCUGCUCGGCACCCCCACCCGGCCGCCUCCGGGGACCCUCCCACGUCUGCCAAGCCUCUGCUUCGCUGGGACGAGGUGCCCGAUGACUUCGUGGAGUGCUUCAUCCUGUCCGGCUACCGGCGUCUGCCGUGCACCGCGCAGGAGUGCCUAGCCUCGGUGCUGAAGCCUACCAACGAGACGCUCAACUUCUGGACGCACUUCAUCCCGCUGCUGCUGUUCCUGAGCAAGUUCUGCCGCCUCUUCUUCCUGAGCGGUCGCGACGUGCCCUUCCACCACCCGUGGCUGCUGCCGCUGUGGUGCUAUGCGUCCGGAGUGCUCCUGACCUUCGCCAUGAGCUGCACCGCGCACGUGUUCAGCUGCCUGUCGCUGCGCCUGCGCGCCGCCUUCUUCUACCUGGACUACGCGUCCAUCAGUUACUAUGGUUUCGGCAGCACCGUGGCCUACUACUACUACCUGCUGCCCGGCCUGAGCUUGCUGGACGCCAGAGUCAUGACCCCAUACGUCCAGCAGCGCCUGGGCUGGCACGUGGACUGCACGCGCCUCAUCGCAGCGUACCGUGCGCUGGUGCUGCCGGUGGCCUUCGUGCUGGCCGUGGCCUGCACGGUGGCCUGCUGCAAGAGUCGCACUGACUGGUGCGCCUACCCGUUCGCGCUGCGCACCUUUGUCUUUGUCAUGCCGCUCAGCAUGGCCUGCCCCAUAAUGCUGGAGAGCUGGCUCUUCGACCUGCGCGGCGAGAACCCCACGCUCUUCGUGCACUUCUACCGCCGCUACUUCUGGCUGGUGGUGGCGGCCUUCUUCAACGUCAGCAAGAUUCCCGAGCGCAUCCAGCCGGGCCUCUUCGACAUCAUCGGCCACAGCCACCAGCUCUUCCACAUCUUCACCUUUCUCAGCAUCUACGAUCAGGUGUACUACGUGGAGGAGGGCCUGCGCCAGUUCCUGCAGGCCCCGCCUGCUGCGCCCACCUUCUCCGGCACCGUGGGCUACAUGCUGCUGCUGGUGGUGUGCUUGGGGCUGGUCAUCCGGAAGUUCCUCAACAGCUCUGAGUUCUGCAGUAAAAAGUGAGCCUCCGCCUUGGAGGAGGCUGCUGGUUCGCCCACCUGUUUGUUUGGAGUUUCCGUUGUCGCUAUUGUUGGUUUGUUUUCAAGUUUUGUUGUAUUUCCUUCUUUGCUCGAAGAGGGUGCUGCAAACCACCAGGGAGAAAACCACUGCUCCAAGGGGAUCCCAGCCCACUUGGGCUUUGGAACAGAGAGAGGGGGGUGAGGCAGGAGGGAGACAGAAGGCCACUGAUUCUUGCCCCUGGAAGAAAUUCAAAUUGAUGUCUGUGACAUCCAGGGAUUUUUUUCAGAGACAGCAAGUGAAAUCCCAAAUAAAGCCCCAGACAGUCCGUUUUUCCGAUCUUGUCUUCUGUGCCAGAGGUAAUAACGUUAGUUCUUGCAAGGUGAGGUAUGCAGUAAAAAGGGGACCUAGACGAAUCCUUGGGUGCCUCCAUUUCAGUCGGAGGAAUGCUUGGAUCUGUCCUAAGAAAGGAGCUUUGUAGGACAUGGGCACAGAGACACAAACCCAGGGUUUAAUUUGCUAGAACAUGCAUGGAAUGUGAACACGAGUUAAUUAUUUAAAAAUGUUCCUCAUAUGUUAUUUAAAUAGUAAUAUAUAUAUAUGAUGAUUUUUCAUAAUUUAUCCAAGUCUGCGAUAUGCACUGAAUUUUCUGUCACGUAGUUUUGAAAUUUGCAGCCUUCUGCAUUGCUUACACUUGAACUGGACAUCAGGGCAAGCUGCUUGAGAGUUCUCAACUACUUUUUUAAACAGUGUUUCCUGAAGGCCUGUGUGUGUCAUGGUACAACUGUGAAUUAUUCUACCUUAGGGACUCUGGUUUAACUAUUGGUGAGGAGCUUGGAGUGGUUUGUAUAGACUUGCAAUUCUUAUUUACUUUCAUGUAUUCCACAAAACCCAUCCUGUUUUUAAUCUUACUCUUUCCUUCUCUACUGAUUUAAAUUACCGCUGGAAUAAAUGUGCCUUUUGAAGCAA